AUGAACGUGCACUGGAAGCCUCGCGGCGGCGUGCAGGCGUCGGUCGGUAUCAUCAACGCCGUCGAGUUUGACCCGGACCUGGAGUUGCUGUGGGUCAGUGAUAGCUUUGGCCGGCUGAUGAGCUUCACGACACAUAGCCAGACAAACACGCUCACCUGGACGGCGUACUCCUCCUUCCUCGCGUCGACGCGGCCGCUCUCCGGCAUUUUUUUUCUUCCGCUGGGUGGCGAAAAAAUUGUAACAGUGGCGGACCACAAUGUUAUUCGGGGUUACAAGCGGGGCGGUGCGCUUUUUCUCUGCCGCACCCUGCCACCGCAGACGCAGGACUACAUCGAGCUGUUUCAGACGCACGGCGGAACGGGGGUCGUCAGCUUCACCGGCAACGUUGGACUGACGCGCUUUUCCAUCGGCAACGAGGGCGCUGACCGAAGCGUCACGGUGCCGCUGGGCGAAUCCAAGGUGGUUGCGCUGCACCAGACGGAGCGGUGGAUUGUCACGGGCAGCACCUCCGGCAGCAUCGUCGUCCGUGACAGCAACGACCUGCAGGUUGUGGACAUGGUGCCAACGUCGCGACACCGUGUGCUGGCGAUGGAUGCGUACGACGACACCAUUGUGGCUGCCGUGGUGGAGCGUUCCAUGACAAGCGGCGUGAGGGUGUACGACGUACGCAAGAUGGCAGAGCCGGUGAUCGCAAUUGGUGGAAUUCCCUCCGACAGCGUCUCACAGGUGCGUCGGUACCGCGACUCAUUUGGCAUUUCAGCGGAUCGCGCAUUUGUUUUGACGUCGUGCGGCUUUCACAUUGUGCAGAUGGACCAGCCCUCCCCGGUGUUCAGCUCCAACGGAAUGGUGGAGGAUGCUUGCACGUCGGUGAGCGUCUCCCCCAACGGUAUGUGUGCCGCCAUUGGGAACGACAAGGGCUAUUUCAUCGCCCUGGCCCACCCGGCCACGCGUGAGGAUUACGUCAUGUCCCGCUUUGAAAAGCCCCAGCGGCCGGUGAACCCCGUCUUUACGCAGAGCUGGGCGGAGAAGAAGGAGGGCGAUACCUUCGCCUUCUUUGAUGAGACGGUGCCUGCGGCAGAGCUCGCCUCCAACUGGCCACCUGAGGAUUACAUGAUUCUCUCCGUUCCAGCUCCCACCCGUUGCCUUAACGUGGAGUCCCGCACUGUUUUGCAGAAUCGCUGGGGAUUCCUGCGGGCCGACUCCUAUCUGCCCGACCCCAAGGACAAAAUCACGUCGAACCUGCCUGACCCGUUCCCAUUCAACCUAGGGCUUGGUGACGACCCGGCGGCGGUGCAGCGGAAGCUGCAGGAUAUGAAAAAGGAUCAAAAACGGCGGUACUUUGACCUACGUGAGGGGACUGCCGGGGAGUACGCUCCGCUUGAACCGGCGAGGCAUGUCUGUUACAGCUCACACCACCGCUUUGACUGGGAAGGCCACAACGCGAUUCCACGGGACGUCGUGGGUCUGGACAACAGCUUCCCCGAGUGCUGGAUUACGACGCUGCUGCAGUCGCUAUACCUUUGUCACCCACCGGAGUACCCUGUUCGCAAGGUCAUUCUACGCCACCUCUGCACCCGCGAAUACUGCAUCGCCUGUGAGACGUCCUUUAUAUUUUCGAAUAUGCUGAUGACCUCCGCGACAGGGCUUAACCCGAUUGUGCAGGUUGCCAACUUAAUCCGCACCAUGUACAAGGUGCCUGCGACAGCUUCCCUCUUUGAGCCUGUCAAUUCCCGCGACGAGGCGGUAAAGCGGAUGCACACGGCACAGUUGGUUCUGCUUGAGGCGCUGCAUCGCGGGCUGCAGGAUGAGAAGGCGUACCCCUUCAUGGAACACAAACCCCCAUGCCCUGACUUUGAGCACUCCAUCGCGUACCUCUUUGGCACGGAGUUUUCAUCCGGUGGAAGAGUUCACUUGGAACCCCAGUUCUACUGGGAUGUUCCUUCCUCUGCACUCAAAGUGAAUGAGGGGCUGCAGCAUCUACUCAAACAAAUUGAAUCUUACAGAGAUCAGGUGCAGAUAAAACGUCUGCCUCCUAUUAUUGUAUUACGACUGAACCCUGAAGGUGGGACGCUAAAACCGCCGAGGUGUUUGCACAUCUCCCGCGAGGCGAAGGAGGAUUCCAAUUACGUUUUGUGCAGCAGCCUUAUCCAUCUCUCCGACGACGCCGACGACCCUGGUCGCUUUGUUAUUCAUCAACGCAUACUGGAUAAUCGUUUUAGUUUGGUGAAUGACUAUCGCGUGACGGCACCAAUGGAGGAGCAGGAGCUGGAGGAUUUGAUGCCCGCAUUUCACUCUCAUCGGGCUGUGGUGGCAUACUACGCCCUCGAUAAGCUGGCGGCGCCACCCUACAGUUUACAAGACGGUAACCGCCCGCCAAACAUGUUUGAGGUGCUUGGGCCGCUUCUACUAAAUGAUACUCUUGCGAAGCCCCUGCAGCGUGACCCAUCUGCGCAACGGUUUAAGUCGCCAUUAGCGUCAUUCUACGAGAUUAAAUCCAAUGACCUUGUCGCCUUGGAUGCGGAGUACGUGGUGCUGAACUGGAGCAGUCGUUGCAUUGAUGCAGGACUCGAGAAUAACUCGUUGCAUAAGACGCAUAUGGCACUGGCACGUUUGAGUUGCAUUUUAAGCAGCGCCCCGGGAGAUGAGCGGACAAUUGUGGACGAUUACGUGCACACACCUGAGGUAAUUGAGGACUACGUGACGCAGUACAGUGGUAUUCACCCCGGGGACCUGGACCCGCUUAAAUCCUCCAAGUGCCUGACAAGCCGCAAGGCAACGUACUUGAAGCUUCGUGCCUUGGUGGAUCGCGGUGUUGUGUUCGUGGGUCACGGGCUAUACCAAGACUUCCGCGUCUGCAACAUUGCGGUCCCUGCCGAGCAAAUCAUUGACACUCUAAUGAUGUUUCACAAGCCUGGCGGCAGGUACCUUUCACUCCGCUUCCUUGCCUAUCACGUGCUAGGGGAGCGUGUGCAGGAGGGUGAGCAUGACUCUGUGGAGGAUGCCCGCACCUCGCUGCGCCUGUACCGCAAGUACCAGCAGCUGGUGAGCGAAGGGACAUUUGACACCGUCCUCGACAAGCUUUUGGCGACCGGGGCGGAGACAAGCUGGUACGUGCCGGAAGGCCGCGAUGCCUUUGGCGUAUCCUCUGUGGCCUUCACCGGCGCAACUGGGUCGCCAGUGUUCCCUGACGCACCUUCGACGCUGGUGGCCGCGGAGGUUGUUGAGAGCGUUGAAUUUACCCCCACAGAGUAG